CGGGCAGCGGCACUGUGCUAAGCGGAGGUGAGUCGGUGGCGCCGCCCACUCGGUCUCCAUUCAUUGCCGCGCCGCGGGGGCUCCCGGCCGACUGAGAGUAUGUCAUUCCCUGUGGAUAUGUUGAACAGCAGCACUCAUAAGGACUUGGAGACCUCAGCAGAAGAGUAUUUGUCUGACCUUCGGAGACAGAAUCCACACUUUCCCAAAUUCCUGUCUCUGCCACGCCAUGGCAAAGUUCCUAUUGUCUUGUCAGCUGUGGGCUUCGUUCCUCUUUAUGGUGAAGAGCAGACACACAAAGUUCUUGCUUUGUUUGCACCAGAGGACUUGCUCACAGCUGUGGCCCUGUACCUUGGUAACCAGUGGUGGUCAGUUGAUGAUAUUGUGAAAACAUCUGUCCCUGCCAGAGAGGGCCUUCAACAGGUGAAAUCUCUUGGAGAGAGGAUUGUUCUCUACGUUCUGAAUAGAAUUAUCUAUCGGACGCAAGAAAUGGGAGCAGCUGAGACACCAUUUCUCUGUCAUGGUAGCAAUGAAUAUGCAAAGAUCAUGUGGAAAAAUGGAGAGGCCAUUGGGUUCUAUUCUGUUAAACUUACAGGAAGUGUUUGCCGGUCUUAUUAUCAGAAUUACAAGCUGCCAGUGCUAGACACAAUCUUCGUAAGAAAGAAACAUCGUGGGAAAGACUCUGGGCUAAUCAUAUUGGAAGACUUCGUGGAUUCCUUUAGUGAUGAUUGUCUUGGCCUACAGUAUCCACUGUCGUCAUUUGUGUACACAGCUUGUAAGCAAUACCUUGAGAAGUACCCUCAGGAUUGUAACCUUUUGUGGGAAGUGCAGGGACCAGGACUUUGGUACCAGAGAACUUCUAUUACAUCUAUAAGGGAAAAGGAAAACUUUGAAACUGCAGCAGAGGCCUCCAUGAAACAAAAUCAGAGUGUCCAAGCAGAGGAGUAUGCCAGGAAGACUGCAACAGUAUCUAAAGCAAGUGGACAGAAGACUGAGCUAGAAACACAGUUAAAUGCAGAUUCUCAAAAAGGUGAAGAAUCAGUACAUGUCUGUGCAAGCACAUCUCGAGACUCUAACAAAGCUCCUGGUGCCAUUUGGCUACAAAGCAGUAGUUUAACACGUCCCAGGAUAGCAGGAAGCAGCUGGGAACCUGGAACUUCAACACGAGUUCAUGAGAAAGUGCUUCAUGUGUCAAAAAGCAGGCUGGAAUUUCCUGCCUGCACAUCUGGAAGGUCUGAAAGCUUGUCAGUGAUAUUAGAGGAUUCUGCUAUUGUGGAGCAUGAUGAAAUGAUUGCUGAAGAUGAGGACCUGUCUGUAUCAGAAGAGGAGCUACAUGUAUCACCCCCUGAGAAGCAGAGUGAGAAGGAGGAAACUCCAUCAGAACCUCAUAAUGGUGAGGUAACAGAAGAAGGGGGUAAGACCCCACUUAUGUCUGAAGAGGAAACAGCAAAUGAAGUUCUAUGUGGUGAACCAGAAUUGCAGCCUGAGGGUCAAGGGGAAGAACCUUUAACACUGUGUGUUCCAUUAAUCCUUGAGUCUGAGGCAAAACCUUCAGAAGACACUGUAUCAGAGAAGGUUUCAAAUGCAACUGAUUCAGAAGUGCUGGCAGAAGGAGGUACAUUAGUAGAGGAGGAGGGUACUGAAGAGCAGCAAGAAUCUGAAAAGAUCGCUGUUGAAAAUGCAGCUGCUUUGGCAUUGAAGGAAGAGCCCUCUGAUAAUGGCCUGCCCAGCUCUAUGGUAACUGAAGCAGUAGAUGAAUCUGUUUCUGAAAACAUGUUGCCCAAAACAACUUCCUCAUUGGAAGAUCAAAAUGAGGAAGCAGGGCACAACUCACAGGAGGCCCCUGUUGGCUUGAGUCAGAGUUCUUUGAUAGUGGUUGAACUUGAAGGUGUUUCUUUUCAGCAGCUUCCUGGACAGGAAGGACCGAAGAACCAAUUGGAAGAGCACUCAGAAGAGUCUCCUGAGCAGAUGGAUCAGUACACGCAGACAACAGAGCGGGCUGCUGACAGCAGCUCUGAGGAAGCAGAAAUUGAGGUGCCCAUUGUUGAUCGGAGAACCUUGCGAAGAAAGGCCAAAGGCUACAAAGGUCCACUCAAGAAAAAAGGAAAGCCAGCUUAGAAAUGAAAUACUGAUUGUUAAUUUGUUUAUUUAUAAGAAAGUUAUUAUUUUGUGUAAAACACUAGGGUGUAACUAAACCAUAUGGGACAUGGACACAUGUUUAAAAUUCUGGGUUGGACUUCCUCUUGGGAUUCAUCACCUUUCCUCAAGUGUUUUUGAAUUUUUAGCCACUAGAUGUUAAGCUUCAUCUGAGUGUGAAAGUAAAUAGCCAGUCUCCUCCUUUUAUAAAGGAUACAUGCUGAAUAAAUACAACUGUGCUAGCAAAGGGAACAGUUUGCAUAUUGAGAUUAAGAGAAUGUAAGAUUCUGUAAUUCUAGGUCUCAAAAUAUGCAAGAAGGUGUAAUCCAGCAGAUUAAAACAGCUUCUCUCUUUGAGAAUAACUUGGAACAGCUGAGUCAGUAGAAACAUGGUCAGUGCAGUUCUGCCAUAGCACUCUAAUAAUGAAGUUCUUUAUGUGAAGAUUAAGAGAUGCCUACAAAGUAAACAAUCUGUAGUUUCCAAAGUGAGCAUCUUGGUAAAACUAAGUUUUCCCAGUACAUAUACAGAAGUCUGAACUGCAUUCCUAACUACUUGCAUGUGUUUGAGUGGUUACUUGGUUAAUUGUUAUGUUACAGGAAAAGGGUAUGACAACUUUUUAUCUCGUUUUGGUCUGAAUGGAAGCAGUGCUUUGUAUUUUCCAAAUACUAGGCGGGUGCUGUGGGGUAACUAUUAAAAUGCUGUCUGCCA